UACAAAAGAGCGUUAAAUUUGAACGUUUAUUUACUAUUUUUCAAUUUUCCUUUUAAUUUAAUAUCAAGAAAUAUCUGCUAUAUAAUUGGAGUGUAUAGUUGGUAUAUUAGGAGUUCUUUGUAAUAAAUGGUGGCUAUUAAGUAGAAAAUGGGUAUAAAAGGACUAUGGGGAGUGUUGAAUCCUUACAGUGAAAAAAAGUCGCUGCAUGAGUUGAGAGGUGAGACUGUUGCUGUUGACCUGGCAGGAUGGGUUUGCGACAGUCAAAAUGUCACAGAGUACUAUAUACAGCCCAAAUUAUAUCUCAGAAACCUUUUCUUUAGAACUAUUUACCUAAUAUUGGCCGACAUAAGUCCAAUAUUUGUACUGGAAGGCGAUGCCCCUGAACUUAAAAGGGAUGUAAUGGCUGCUCGUAAUGCUAUACAGUUUAAGGGUGCUGCUCCAAAGACAGCUCCUGGUAAAGGUAAACCAAAUGUAACAAGGAAACGAUUUAAGGGUGUACUGAAAGAGUGUGAGACACUUCUUAAAAGUAUGGGUGUAAGAUGUGUCAAGGGACGAGGGGAAGCUGAGGCUACUUGUGCAAGACUAAAUGCUAAAGGUCUUGUCAACGCAGUUGUUUCACAAGACUCUGAUUGUUUCGCAUAUGGCGCAAAGCGUGUGUAUCGCAACUUUAGCGUGUCUAGCUCAGCGGGGGGCGGUGCGAUGCAAGGCUCCGUCGACUCCUAUGAUGCUGAGAAAAUGUACUUGAGUAAUGGUUUCGGGCGUAAGAAAAUGGUAGCUUUGGCUCUGCUGUGCGGUUGUGACUACGGAAAUGGAGCUUGCGGAUCUUCCAUAACAACAGUGGUCACAUUUCUGCACACUGUAUCAGACGAUCAAGUUAUUCACAGGUUAUUGUCAUGGGUGACCGAUCCGCAAUAUUACGAAGAGAAAGCUCGUUGGACGACGGCGCCGGGCCGCUGCGACCUAUGCGGACACGUUGGUCGUACGCACGCUAAGAACGGGUGUCCGGUGUGCGUAACUCACAAAGGAUGCACUGACCUUGGCCACAAGUCGAAAGUAGCAGAAAUGAAACGUGAAGUAUCACUUCGAAAUCGGGCCCUGUCGUGCGGAAUGCCGUUCCCCGAACCGAAAGUUAUGAAGGAAUUCAUGGACGCUACACCAGAAGAUAUAGAUCUCGAUAGCCUGAAGAUUCCUUCUCCAAGUUUAAUCCAGUUUGUGAAAAUUAUGACACACAAAUUAGACUGGACGGAAAAAUAUUGUGUAGAGAAAUUUCUACCAUUAUUAACAAAAUGGCAUUUGCAGGAAAAAAUUCCUAAUCGAAGUCUUCAACCUAUCGAAAUCAAGAAAAAGAGGAACCCUAAGGGAGUUCCUAGCUUUGAAGUAUUGUGGAAAGAUAUUAAUGGACAAUAUGAGGCUCUUAUUCCGGAUGAUCAGUUUGAAGAAGGCGAUGAUGUUCUUGGUCCGUGGACAUCAGUGGAAAGGCAAGAUCUUAUGCGCCAAUAUUAUCCAGACUUAGUAGAAAAGUAUGAAGAAUCUAUAAAAAAACCUCCGAAAGAAAAGAAAACCAGAGGACGGAAGAAGAAAGAUAAUCCGGACCAGUUCCAAGAGCAAAAUAACAAACCAAAAAGAAAAUACCAUAGAAAACCAAAACAGCUGAAAGAUGCUGCUCUAAUUAAUCUUAACGAAUCUUUGAGAAAUUUAAAUCUUACAAAUAAAGAAUUCAAUUCAAGCAAAUCCAACGUUAGUGUUUCCAUUAAUAGUUUAAAAAGAAAAAUUAAAAACAGUACUAAAAUCAAAAACAAAAAUACCAUUGAGAGUUACUUACAACCACGGAAGAAAAGAAAAUCAUCUAAAUUGAUGCAGUCACUUAGAAAUAGCUUCAAAAACGAUAACGAUCCGUUUAACCCUCAAUAUUUCGAAGCUGCUGAUAACGAUAAAGAAAAUAUUAAUAAGGAAAAGCAUUUGCUCAGUAUGUUUAAUAUGAGCGAAGAAGAUAUGAACGAAAAUGACUUGUCUGCGAUAGUUGAUAACAUAGUGUCUAGAGCUCCUACCGUCACUACUGCUGAAGUAAAUAGUAAUUUUGUAAAAUUGAUCUUCGAGAAUAAACAAUUGUCGAGAAUGUCUACUCUAACUCAAAAAUUCGGUCAAAACAAUUGUUCGACACCUAAAAACAGUCCACCGAAAAAAGGCCGUCACGUUACAAACGCCAGUAUACGUUCUUCUACCUCUAAAGCAAACACAAGCUAUUUCUUUGACAAAUUAACCGACGAGCGCGAUGCUUUCGAGAUAUCCAUGGAAUAUAAACACAAAAUUGCUUGUAUAAAUCUUGAUUGUGAUGCAACUUUAGACUAUAGUGUACUUGAUUUUUGAUUUUAAGUUAUUAUCAUGAUUGAGAAUUAUGUGUGAAAUAUAAAAAAUAAAAUAAUUUACUAUUUUUGAUAUGUUUAACCAAAAACCAUUACUUCUUAAAUAAGAAGAACCCAAAACUGUUUUUUAUUUCAUUUUGGUGUCUGUCUGUUAGCGCAUCCGUUGAAGAACUGAACAUAUUCAUAUAAAAUUUUCUAUACUUAUAGCCGAUACUCCCGGGUUUUUUUACCCGAAAAACAUUAGAGUUCUUUUGGGAAAGAAGCACACAGAUAAAAAAAAAAUUACACAAUAUCUAAAUCGAUGAGUUUACAAACAAACAAAAAGGAUUAUAGGGUCACAUACAUAGGCAUUUCAUUAUUCUUAGAAACAAUCUUAUUAAUUACUUAAACGAUUAAGAAAGCUUGGGGAAUUGCACAAACUUCAUAGCUAAAUAUAAAUUAAAUAUGAGAUAGUGAUAAAGAAAAACAACCCGGCGAAGAUUGUUGUGGGCUCUUAGACCAGGGCGCGUUUGGAUCCAUCGUAGAUUUAUGUAGGUGAACGUUAUCACCAUCACGUCACAAUUAUGGAAACAUGUUUGAAUGCUUCAUAAGUGCCUGUGAUAAAAUACAUGAAUAAAGUAU